AUGACCACAGACCAACAUAAAGACGGAGAGAGCAACAACGAGUUUAGACCUGCUGGGCUUAAAACCUGCACAAUUUGGAGAUUUGUCGGCUGUGUGAUUGAUUUCAGACACGGGAGGUUGUUAAAAGUGAAGCCUGUGGACAUGACAGAGACAACUCCACUGUGAAACAUCCUGAAUUCAUCUAACAAGGAUCCUUCUCCAUUUGAACCUUUGCUUCACCUCCGCGCUGUCAUGUCGGUGUCCCUGUCCAGCAUCCCUGUAGUGCUGAAGGACAAGAGCUACCAAGGCGGCAUGCUGAAGGGUAGUCCCGCUCGGGGUUUCUACCCUGCCCCUCUACCAGGUCCCCACCACUACAUGGACUUCUUCCCGCGGACUCACAACCUCCUCCACCCGCUCAAGUCUCUCGGUCGUCUUGUGUCGGACACUCAGGCGUCCUUGCCGCUCAGCUUGCACGGCGGAGCCACUCCGUUCCUCGGUCAGGGCGGCCACCACGCUUCGGUCCUGCAUGAACACAUGUUGAGCGCCUCCGGCUUCCCUUACUUGAGCCAGAUGUUGCCCGGACACCAGCUCUACUCCAAACCAGAGGAGCUUGCAGCUGUGGUGACCGAGCACGCCGCAGGACCGCUGUCUUCAGACUUCAGCAGCCCGUCUAGUGAAAGGUCUUCAUCUGCAUCUUCCUCCACCACCUCACCGCCUAAGGGGAGUUUGUUUCGGCUCCGGAGCGCAGACCUGUCGCCAGAAAAAACGCGCACGUCUUAUAAUUUUAGUGAGGAUGACUUGUUCAUGGUGCUCUACGGGUACUCCAGCAGCCAGGACCGAAGCGUGGGUCACGCUAUAUCAGGACUGACCCUGCCCGAAAAGCCAGUUUCUGACUCUCACAUUCUCCCACUGGACAAAGAAACUCUUGAACUUCCAGAGGGGUUAACCAUCCUCCAGGCAACUUGGGGAAAUGUCCCACACCGUGGAGUUUUCACAGACAAAAGCAGCAUCCCCAAAGGGACGCGCUUUGGACCUUUCCAAGGGAAACUUGUCAACACCAGCGAGAUUAAAACAUACGACGACAACACUCUGAUGUGGGAGGUGUUUGAAAACGGCCGCUUGAGUCAUUUUGUGGAUGGCAGGGGAGGCUCAGGGAACUGGAUGUCUUUAGUGAAGUGUGCCCGUUUCCCAGACGAGCAGAAUCUGAUUGCUGUACAGGUCCAGGGUCAGAUCUUUUACGAGACCUGCAAGGAGAUCCGUCCAGGACAGGAGCUGCUGGUGUGGUAUGGUGACUGCUACAUGCAGUUCCUCGGCAUCCCCCUCACCCUGAAAGACCCCAGAGAGGACAACAACGUGAUUCCUCCCGCUGAAGAUUCCGGUGAGGGCUUCAAGUGUGACAGAUGCGGGAAGGUGUUUGCGUACAAGUACUACAGAGACAAACAUCUCAAGUACACACGCUGCGUGGACCAGGGCGACAGAAAGUUCCCGUGUCACCUCUGCAACAGAUCCUUCGAGAAGAGAGACAGAUUAAGGAUCCACAUCUUACACGUUCACGAAAAACACAGGCCUCACAAGUGCUCGGUGUGUGGAAAGAGUUUCUCUCAGUCGUCCAGUCUCAACAAACACAUGCGUGUGCACUCUGGAGAGCGGCCAUACAAGUGUGUGUACUGCAAUAAGGCCUUCACUGCCUCCAGUAUUCUGCGAACACACAUCCGACAGCACUCCGGAGAGAGGCCCUUCAAGUGCAAGCACUGCGGGAAGGCUUUCGCCUCCCACGCUGCCCACGACAGCCACGUCCGGAGGACUCACGCCAAGGACAAGCCUCAUCCCUGCGACCUGUGCGGAGCUUCUUUUCAGGACGAGCAGGAACUUCAGUACCACAUGAAAAGUCACAAAAAAAUCUUGGACAGCUCAGUUCUCCCGUCUCCUCCGGGGAAUGGAUUACAGAAGGACUCCUUGUUUCCAGUGAAGGACAAUCCAAAAACCGGACAAAACCUUCCUUACACCGGGUUGACAGUUUUAAAUCCAGAAUAUCGGCCCUGGAAUUAAUCAAACAUGAGCUAAAAAUGUACUCAAUCCUGACAAAGAACGAUUCUAAUCAUGCGGGCCUGAUAUUUUACAGGAUUUUAGACGAUAUAUAUAUAAAAGACUAAAUCCAUACGGGAACAUUGUGAUAAUGCCAUGAGGGAUAAAUAAGUAAGGCCUAUAAGGUAGGAUCUCGUGGUUUUUCUUUAUGUAAAUGCUGCUUAAGAAAAAAAAUAUGUUGUUCUAUAAUAGGCCUAUUUAAAUAGGCUCGUCAUUAUUUAAAUUGUUGGCAAAAAUGUGUCUAAAUCUAUUUAUAAUAUGUUAAAAUAUGUUGUCUGUUGUUUUGUGGCUUAAAGCAUUCUGCAAUGGUUUUGUGAA